AUGGGAAUUGGCACAUUGCUGGCAAGCGGUGUUCAAGGACAGGCACAAACUGCACUGCAGUCGCUGCAGCAGAACCGCCAGAAUGUCGAGUGGGCUGACAACUUCGAUAUCGCCACGGAAAACAUUACCGAAGUCAACUCUUCAGCGCCAACCCUAUCGCCUGAAACAGCCGACUAUAUUGCUAUCGCGAUCGACCGCUAUCAGCGCAUAGUUCAGGCCGGUGGCUGGGGUACGGUGACCGGAGGUGGCAAAGCGCUUCGCAUUGGUGCCAAGGAUCCGCGUGUCGUGGAACUGCGCCGCAGGUUGAUCGUCUCCGGAGAUCUGGAACAGCAAGCAGGUCUUUCCGAUGCCUUUGACUCUUAUGUCGAUGCCGCACUUCGCCGUUUCCAGCUGCGUCAUGGCCUGAUCCCGGACGGGGUCAUGGGCGAUGACACGGUGCAGGCCCUGAACGUCCCGGCCCAUGUGCGUCUUGGGCAGCUCGAGACGAAUAUUGUGCGCAUGCGGUCCAUGUCCGGAUUCCUUGGCGAUCGCUAUGUGAUGGUCAAUAUUCCGGCUGCUGAAAUCGAGGCCGUUGAAAGCGGACGGGUUCGCUCGCGCCACACCGCCGUUGUUGGCAAGAUCGACCGGCAGACACCUAUCCUGAACAGCAAGAUCUACGAACUCAACUUCAAUCCGUAUUGGACGGUUCCGGUAUCGAUCAUCCGCAAGGACCUGAUCCCCAAGAUGAAAGAGGACCCGGAGUACCUUUCAAAGAACAAUAUCCGGAUUUUCGACUGGAGCGGCAACGAGCUGGCCUGGCAGCAGAUCGACUGGAACACGGACGAGGCGACACAGUAUCGCUUCACGCAGGAUCCGGGCGCGGAAAAUUCGUUGGGCUCGGUGCGUAUCAAUUUUCACAACAAACACCAGGUUUAUUUGCACGAUACGCCGUCAAAGACACUCUUUGGUGAAAGUCAGCGUUUCCACUCCUCCGGGUGCGUUCGUGUACAGAACGUACGCGAACUUGUGACCUGGAUGUUGCAGUCGACGACGCCUGAUUGGGACCGUAGUCGCGUUGACAGCGUCAUCCGCACCGGCGAACGCGAAGAUGUAAAGCUGAAGAAAUCCGUCCCGCUUUACAUGACAUACGUGACUGCCUGGGCAAAUUCGGAUGGCGUCGUGCAUUUCCGCGAUGACAUUUAUGAUCGCGAUGAUCUUUCAGGCACGGAAACGCAGGCUCGCCUCUAG